UCGCAUUCGCUCUGUCUCUCUCGGCUAUUUUUUUAGUAACAGCGGUUUUGGUGCUUAUAAAUGACUUAUCCAAACUUUUUUCAACUGUUAACUAAACGCCGACUUGCAUUACCGAGGUGAUGCGCUACGACUGCAUGUAGGUAUGCGGAGCGGCGUGGGCUACAGCGAGUUGGAGGGAAGUCUUCCAGCCAUUGCUUCUUUGAACGCCUCGUAUUCCCAGGCGUCCCUCUCGCUUCCCUCGCCUUACUACUCCCCGCUGCCCCCGGGAGAGAGGAAAGCCUUCUCGGACGUCCGCCGAACCUUCUGCCUCUUUGUUACGUUUGACCUCCUCUUCAUCACUCUGCUCUGGAUCAUUGAAUUAAAUAUCAGUACGAGUAUAUGGGCCAGUCUUGAGAAAGAGGUCGUUUUCUACAACUUCAAGUCAUCUUUCUUUGAUAUAUUUCUUUUAGCUGUGUUUAGAUUUCUGUGUUUGCAGCUUGGAUAUGCUGUAUUUCAAUUGAGACACUGGUGGGUCGUUGCGAUCACUACUCUGGUGACCAGCGCCUUCCUCAUUGCCAAAGUCAUCAUAUCAGAUUUGUUGAAUCAGAAUGCUUUUGGCUAUGUUCUUCCCAUCACCUCGUUUGUGUUGGCAUGGUUGGAAACCUGGUUCCUGGAUUUCAAAGUGCUCACACAGGAAGCAGAGGAUGAGAGAGUGUAUCUGGCAGCAGUAAAUGCGGCGUGUGAGCCGGCCCCUAUGAUCGCUCCUAGAGCCGUGUCUGACGGACAGUUUUACUCCCCGCCGGAGUCCCUGGCAGGUUCUGAGGAUGAUCUUGAUGAAGAGGGUCUCGGCAGAAAAGCAGUAACUGAACAAGACAAAGAGUUUGUACGACAGGGACGGGAGGCCAUGGCAGUGGUGGAACAGAUACUGACACAAGAGGAAAACUGGAAGUUUGAGAAGACUAAUGAGCAGGGAGACGCAGUAUAUACACUUGAAAUCCCAUUCCAUGGGAAGACGUUUAUUUUAAAGGCACUCUUGCAGUGUUCAGCAGAGCUGGUGUAUCAGGAGGUCAUUUUGCAGCCAGAGAAGAUGGUGCAGUGGAACAGAACCGUGUCUGUUUGUCAGAUUUUACAGAGAGUGGAUGACAACACGAUGGUGUCCUAUGAUGUAUCUGCAGGAGCUGCUGGAGGUGUAGUGUCUCCCAGGGACUUUGUAAAUGUUCGUCGGGUGGAGCGCAGGCGAGACUGCUACAUUUCUGCAGGAAUGGCGACCAAUUACAUCAGCAAACCUCCUCAGAGUCGCUACGUCAGAGGGGAAAAUGGUCCUGGUGGAUUUGUUGUGUUGAAAUCCAACAGUAAUCCUUCAGUUUGCACCUUCAUCUGGGUUCUGAAUACAGACCUUAAGGGUCGCCUCCCACGUUACCUCAUCCACCAGUCACUGGCCGCCACCAUGUUUGAGUUCAUGUCUCAUCUCAGGCAGCGUAUAAAUGAUGUCCACGUCUCCUACCGGUGAUCUCCGGCUUUGACUCUUUAUCCAGCCACAGUUUACGUGGUGGUAACUUCAAAUUACACUGCGCCAUAUUCAUUCUCCUGUAAACUACAGUUGUCAUGAGGAGAUCCAGCAUAUCAUUUGACUGGUGGAAGGUUGUGAGUGUUUGGCUGCACUUCAUACUGAAGUUAAAGCUGAUAUAGAUGUACUACUACAGCACAUGGACAUGAGGCCGAACUCAUGCUGUCAAAUCACACAAGAGCUAGAAACAUGCACAGGAAAUUGUGUGGUGUGUUAGGGGAAAUGGAUGUGUUAUUCAGCUGUGCCUAAAACCACUGUUGUCCCCCUAGUGAACAUGACUGAAUGCUAGGAUGGUUUCUAUACAAUAUUCUGAGCCAAAUCCGCUGCGGUUUCUCAUUCUGCUUUUACUUGUGCCUUAAUCGUUCAUGGACACACAGUUGUACUAAUAUUAAUUAUUGUUUUAGGUCUUAUUAUGGUUUUCAUUGCUGAGUUUAGAUUAUUAAAAGUAAAUGUAUUCAUCUGUAGUGUAGAUCAGCAGUCUGCUAUGUGUGAUAAUUUUGUCUAAUAAUGUAUACGGUUAAGAGUUUGAUUAUGCAGUUACGUCUUAAAUCAACAUUAUCCGGUUAACUAGUAACAAAACAUUCAUAAAUUCUGCUGCUACAACAAUAACAAAAAAAUAUUGAAGCAAACAGUUGUGCUUAAACCAACCAAUCUGAAAUGAAUGUAAUGGGCCUUUUAUUGAAAUUUGCAUUUAUUUUUUCCUCUUUCUGUAUUGCAUGUCAGUUUAUUUUCACACAGAGCAUAAUCGACAGCUUUUUAUUGGUUAUACACCCAUGUUUACCACAUUUAUACAGGGCAUCGCAUUUUAUAAACAUUUGAAACCGGAAAUGAAUCCUAGUCACCAGUUGUGUGAUUAGUAUUGCCACUAAUAUGAAUGCCGCUUAUAAAAUGUGAAUGUGACCUUCAUGAAUAAGUUGCCUUGAAGCAAGCAAAAUACUUUUUGCUUUUAAUGGAGAGGAAAGACUCUCUUACAGGGUAUUUCGCUUCCUUUUAAGGGACGGCAUGUUUAGGUCAGUUUAUCAGUGAUGUUGUGAAUGAUGUUGAUCUUUUCAAACAGUCUUGUUCUUGUUUUGCAGCCGUAUUGGUUUGUACUUGUGUGCCUUUGUUCUCGUUUCCCUCACUGAAAUCACAUGUUCAGGAAUGCUUACGUUAUUUAGAUGUAUUUUGUAUCUGUACAUACCUUUUUUGACAUCUACAGACUGUAACCACAUUUACUUGUGCAGAGCCUUUUUGCAGUUCACUUGAAUUCAUUCAAUUCAGGUUCUGUGUGAAUGUUAUUUUUAUACUGAUUUACAGUAAUAUGAAGCUAUACGGAAUUUUGUCAUGAUAUUCAAAAAUCAGAUUUUCUGCUAAGUUCAAUAAUCGACAUUUAAUAAAACUAACAAACAGUUUAUA